GAAAACUUAUUCUUUCACAUUGGACUGUUCUUAUCAAGUUCUCUAUCACAAGGUACUGAGUUUCUGUCUAUUGUAUUCUUCUCUAGAACGCGUAGUACUUUUUGUCCUGCGAAAAUGACAGUGGCCAUUCAAAGAAAUUCUGAUAUCGAGCCAAAAAUCGAAUCCCCCAGCAUUAUGGCGAUGGUUGAAGAGCCCACUUCUGAAGCACAGAGUCGGGGAUGGAAUUUCUGGGCCAUCAUGACAUCAAUGGCGGUGUUGAGUCUUUUAGCUGGUUUAGACGCCACCGCUGUAUCGACAGCCAUGCCAUCAAUAAUCAAGGACUUUGGAACUAGUCAAGGCUUUGCAUGGAUUGCGAAUGCCUACCUACUCACCACGACCGCUUUUACGCCGAUAUUUGGUCAAGCGGCAGACAUCUUCGGUCGCCGUACAACGACACUCAUCUCCGUAUUAAUUUUUGCUGUCGGGUCGGCUAUUUCAGGUCCAGCUCCUAAUCUCGGUGCACUCAUAAGUGGCCGUGCUAUUCAAGGCAUUGGCUGUGCUGGGAUAAAUAAUAUGGUGGAGCUAGUAGUCUGUGACUUGGUGCCCUUACGAGAGCGUGGCAAGUUUAUGGGCUUCAUCUUUGGCAUAUAUGCGAUUUCUACUACAAUCGGGCCCUUGAUUGGUGGUGUAUUUUCGACAAGAGUAACAUGGAGAUGGAUCUUCUACUUAAACCUCCCACUAUCUGGGUUGAUACUCGCCAUGGUCAUCGUAUCUCUCGGGGCAUUGCGAAAGGGAUCAAGAGUAUCUUUACAUUCCCUCAAAAAAAUCGAUUUUGCAGGAAACGCCAUCCUCAUAGCUGCCGUAACUUCGAUUCUCAUUGCGUUGACUUGGGGUGGUGGCCAAGAGCCCUGGUCAUCCUGGAGGACGAUAGUACCAUUAACCCUGGGUCUAGCGGGGAUCUUUGUGUUCCUCUUAUUUGAGUCUAGAAUGUCAGAGCCAUCAACACCCCUCCGGCUCUUCGCAAAUCGAACAUCACUUGCGGGGCUCUGGUGUGCCUUUAUCCACAACAUGUUGAUAUUUUGGAUUCUAUUUAUCUUGCCUAUUUAUUUCCAAGCCGUCCUCAGAUGCUCUGCGUUCAGGUCAGGAGUCAACAUAUUACCCACCGCUGCUGUAUGCAUGCCAUUCACAAUAAUGAGUGGCGGAAUCAUGACCAAGAUAGGACGUUAUCGCCCACUUCUUAUGGUUGGAUUUUCGGUUUUCCCUAUUGCAUUUGGAUUAUUUACGACACUUGACCAGAACUCUAGUACGGGACAUUGGGUAGGGUUUCAAAUUAUCGCAGCACUUGCUAUUGGUAUUAUUAUGCCAGUAACUCUGCAAACGGUUUUGACCCCUCUGGCUGAAUCAGAAGUCGCUACUGCAACAGCUACAUGGGCUUUCAUGCGGGGAUUCGGAACAAUCUGGGGAGCUGCCAUACCUCUCUCUAUUUUCAACUCUAGGUUUGAUUCAUUGUUGGUAGCUCGCCUAAACGACGAUGAAACUACGCGCUCAUUGCUGGAAAAAGGAGGAGCUUACACUUUAGGAGCUGGGGGGUAUUUAUACUCAGCAUUGGGCUUGGAUAAUAACCCAAGUCUCAAAGCUACUAUAAGAGGCAUAUAUGUUGACAGUCUCAAAUUAUGCUGGCAAGUGGGACUUGCCUUUGCAUUAUUGGGCUUUCUCCUAACGUUUCUUGCCAAAGAGAUGCCUAUGCGUACUGAAUUAGAAACCGAGUUCGGUUUGGCUGGAGAGUCAACUCAAAAGAGCAAUGCAGAAAGCGGAGAAGAGGAGAAGAAGAACGAAGACAAGACAGGGAAGUAAACAGCCGACAUUUAUUUUAGAAUGGCGUGGAAGUAUCUGUCAUUUCUAUGUUGGAACUUUCAGUGGUCAAAUUUGUCUCCCUUCGAGUUUGUCUCACUUCGUCAUUUGGGAGGGAAUGCAAGGGAUGGAUUUGGGGUAUUAAUCCAUUUCCAUAAAGCUGGCGUAAUCUUUGCAUUUUCUCCACCACCCCCCGCCCCCCCUUCGAUCAACCUAAUAGCUUAUCUCGCGGGGGAGAGUUUUUUGAAGAAUUCUAUAUAAUUAACCUUUCUUCAUCCAGUGUAAUAUGUUAAAUCUUGUGAAAGUAUCCUACUGCAUAUCGUAUUAUUGUGAGGCAGAGAAAUUCGUAUCUGAACA